CUGGGAUAUUGUGAUUGAGCAGAGCAGGUUGGUUGCCUUGCCUCAGCUGGUGUUGUUUCUGCAAUCUGGGUUUUUUGGCUCACAGAUUGUUUGCUUUACUUCUGGCUUGUUUGUAGCUUUUGCUUCUUUAUAAGAAAGAAAAUGGGAAUUUCAGCUGUGGCUUGCAUAGUUCUCUCUGCUAUAUUGAUGCUUAAUGCACAGCAGUCAAAUGGUGCAUUGUCAGCAGAGACACAGAUGUUGAUUGAGGAGGCCAACAUGAGUGGCCCUUAUUUAGGCCUGGUCAUUCCAAAUUCUUUUGAAAUGGACCCCCUUCUGCAAUCGCCAAACUUCACUUCAAGCAACUUGUUUAUAGAUUUUUCUGGGAGGAGAUUUAGGUUUGGAACAAUUGCUAAUAAGCAAGUUAUAUUAGUCAUGACAGGACUGUCAAUGAUUAAUGCAGCAAUAACUACUCAGCUAUUAUUAAGUGUGUUCAAUAUAGAAGGAGUGGUGCAUUAUGGCAUAGCUGGGCAUGCAAACCCAUCUUUCAAUCUUGCAGAUGUGGUCAUUCCUCAGUAUUGGUCUCAUUCUGCUUUAUGGAGCUGGCAGAGAUAUGGAAAAGGGCCUCAAGAUGAGCUGCCCCUUGAAGCAAAUGGAGACUACACCAGAGAAUUUGGGUACUUGAAUGUUGCAAAUUACACUGUGAAUGCGACAGAUGGCAGCUCAUAUGACAACUUAUUGAACAACAUUUGGUUUCAACCAGAGGAAGUCUUCCCCAUAGAUGGAACUCCAGAGGAAAGACAGCAUGCCUUUUGGGUUGCUGUUGAUCCCCUCUACUAUGAAAUCUCCCAAAAAUUGGAGGAAUUGGAACUUGAACGUUGCCUAAACGCAACAACAUGUUUGCCCCAUACACCAAAAGUGGCUAGAGUCCAAAGGGGUACAAGUGCAAGCAUUUUCCUGUCCAAUGCUGCUUAUCGUAGCUUCUUAUAUGAUAAGUUCAACAUAACCCCUCUGGACAUGGAAAGUGCUUCUGUUGGCCUAAUAUGUCUUCAGCAAAGGGUGCCUUUCAUUGCCAUCAGGUCUCUCUCGUCUUCUUUGACCGGUGGCGGCUCAGGUGAUCCAAACGAGGCUAGCAAAUUCAUAACUCUCGCAUCGAAAAAUUCAGUUACAGCAGUUGUGGAAUUCAUCGAACAGUUGUCUCUUCAUCAGCUGCUAAUUAAUCAUUGAACAUAUGUUUAUUGCUCUAAUAAAACUCUCUUUGUUGGAGGCAUGCUCAUCUUGCUUCUUACCUUAUCUAAGCUUGCAUUCGAGUAGUGGAAUUUAAAUAAAUAA